AUGGACUGGAUGGCCGAGAGGACAGCACUUGACGAGUAUAUUGAGCAGUUGGGCAUGCAGCCUUCCUACGUUCCACGACCCGGAGAAGUCGUACUCUGGGCUCCGGAGUAUCAGGGGGAACUGGUCUGGAACCACGAAAACAAACGCAUCGAAAUGUACGCACCCAACCAAGGCCAAUGGUUAGGAACCCCCGAAUGGCGGGCUGGUAUUGUAGGCCAGACUCCAGAGGAAGACAUAGUCCUUCAGGACUUAGUCAAAACAGCGCCCAAAAAAUGGGGCGUCAACUACUCCGGCUUUCGCGUGGAGACCUUUCCUGAUCCUCAAAGCUACGAUAAAAGUUAUUCAUUGCACUACAAAUAUGUCCAUUUGCAGCGUAUCAAGCCCUUCAAUGCAUACGAGCUCUUUCUGCAAGGGAUUCCGCCCGAAAAGCUACAUCCCUCCAUCGGGUAUGCGAUGACGAUAAUGUCAUCGUUCAGUCUUCUGGACAAAUAUCACUUUAAAGGAACUUGGCCGAACGCAGCCAUUUAUUGCCGAGGUAUUUUCCUCGGAGCGGAGCUCUUGGUUGUUGGAGAUGCCGUCCGCCUGAAACCAAAUCGCCAGGUUUACUCUUACGAAACUCAUAAGGCCGUUGAAGAUGUUAUGGUCAUUGACGAAAUACGCCUGGAACUUGCCAACUGCGUGAACGAUCUCAUGUCGGACCAACUAGCAGAACGAUAUCAGAUUCGAGUUGCAGGAAAGGUCUAUACGAACGCGCCUCGAAGAUCUAGUGCUGGAACCGACGGGACGAGCCAACAGUUGCCUAUGAAGCCCGAGGAAGUCAUUGAUGUUUUUCAGUCGAUUGGUAUGGGUGGAUAUGGGUCUUGGUACAGAGUGUGGAAAGGCGCCACAGUGGAGGUCUCGCAGAAUAUGAUAAUCGGCCGUUGUUACGAUCCCGAUGCAAUGGACCUCUUAUUCGGGUCUCGCUUGUUGGGGCUGGAUUUGUCGGGGGUAAUCAAGGCGAGAGAGUAUUCACGGAAAGUUGAUGAACGUAUUCCCGAAGGGAAAGACUGGUUCUGGGGCGAUUUUCGAACUCAGACCCUCGCGAUUGAUACACUUAAUGGCCAGGAUGUGGGCUACUACAGCGAUGCACGUGAAAUCAAGAUGUGGAGAGCGAAUCUCCGAAUUCUUGAUGGCACAGCGGAUUCAGCCGAUCUUCGCCUGGCCAAGCUUCCCGGCAAUGUUGGUCGACCGUCCACGAAGGCUCGGUCCAACUUUUCAGAGGUUGGCAAGCUUAGCAAGCUGGUCAGUACGGGUCUUGGGGCCGCGGACGUGAGCAACCCAGUAAGCUCCGAAGAAGGGCCCAACCUGCCAAACGAGGAAGAUACUUCUGAAUCAGAUGAAAUUUUUACGUUGGCCAUGAAUCAACUCCCAGGGGGGACGGAUGAAUCGGAGGGAGGGCAAACGGCCGACUCACAAUAUUUGAUCAUGGAUGCUCUGAAGCUCUUUCACGCCGAUAUUCUUGACUCGUUUUCAGGGAUAUGUAUUUAUGGCGAUGAACCAUUAGCGUUCUGGUAUUCGACAUGGUUUGCUAACGGCAUACCUCAAGCCCAAGCCGUAACAGUGAGUCUCAAAGACCUCAUCAACGGUACUGUCUCUUUCGAAACCCUCACCGAAGCCUUCGGCCCGUCCUCCCUGGGAAUAAUCGUCGUAAAAGACCUCGACCCCGAAUUCCAACGUUUACGCACCCAAGUCCUCUCCAACGCAUCCUACCUUGCAGCCCUCCCCAACGAUGAACUAGAAACCCUAACUAGCCCAUCGGCAAAAUACCUCGUAGGCUGGUCCUGCGGCAAAGAAACUCUCCGAUCCGGCCACUUCGACACCCUCAAGGGCUCCUACUACGUCAACUGCGCAUUCUACCAAGACCCAACUCUCCAAGGCGCCCCCGCCGACAACUUCCCCGAUCUAUCCGAGUACACAGCCCCGAACAUCUGGCCGCCGGCGGACCGACUGCCCACGUUCCGGCCCGCGCUGGAACAGCUCUGCGCGCUUAUUAUUGAUACUGCGGCGCUGGUGGCGAGGGCGUGUGAUCGGUACGCGACGGCGAAUAUUGACGGGUAUAAGAGUGGGUACUUGGAGCAUGUUGUGAGGACGAGUUUGACGACGAAGGCGAGGUUGUUGCAUUAUUUCCCUGCGGAGGGGGGAGCAGAUUCGGAGACUAGGGAUGGGGAUGGGGAUGAUGAUUGGUGUGCGACGCAUUUGGAUCAUGGGUGUUUGACGGGGUUGACUUCUGCUAUGUUUGUGGAUGAGGUUGCUAGUCCUCCUGGGGAGGGAGGGGAGCUUGUUGAGCUGGGGGCUUCGCCGGAUCCGAAGGCUGGGCUUUAUAUUCAGUCGCGGACUGGGGAGGUGGUGAAGGUUAAUAUUCCCCGAGAUUGUUUGGCUUUUCAGACCGGGGAGGCGUUGCAGCUUAUUACGAGGGGGAAGUUUAGGGCUGUGCCGCAUUUUGUUAAGGGGGCGAAGCCUUCUGCGGGGAAGAGGAUUGCGAGAAAUACGUUGGCGGUGUUUACGCAGCCGAAUUUGGGGGAGGAGGUGGAGAGUGGGAAAAGUUUUGGGGAGUUUGCGAGGGAGGUGGUGGCGAGGACUUAUUAG